UUAUUAAUCACCUUAAACAUCAUCUCAUCCAUUGCAAGGUAUAUAUUAGACAGUAACCGCGCAAAUCAGUUAAACGUGGUUUAUGCUCGGUGAAGUCACUUGUUUACAGUAUUGUGUAUGGAUGUUACGUAGGAAAUAUAUUACGGAAUUAUGUCGAAGUUCUUUCUAGAUGCAUUUACACGAAAAAAACUGUUUACGAUUUUAAUUAUUUUAUGGUUUACAUAUAUGUUCACAUGUUUUAAUGAGUUUUCUACAGAUAAAUAUCCGCAUAAACGAAUAAAUUAUGUGCUGAAAAAGGAUAAUGUUAAAAUUAAAUUGACUUGUAACAAAUGUUUUACACCGAAUGUUUCAUACUUAAUAAACAACGAAAAUAUAUGCAGAAAUGACGAACCAGACAAAACCAUUGAUAUUUUGAUACUAAUUUCAACAGUAAGCGAUCAUUUUGAAAUUCGACAAACUCUUAGGUCAACAUGGCUAAGUUUCACAAGAAAAAACACUGCUAAUGUACGUUAUGCGUUCCUUCUUGGUGAUAGAAGUGAUACUGUUGUACAGACGUCUGAUAUUAAGGAAAAUGCUAAACACAAAGACAUUGUAAAAGGAAAUUUUGUCGAUUCAUACCGUAACCUAACUUAUAAAACUAUCCUGGGACUUCAAUGGGCAGUUUCGUUCUGUUCAAGUGCAAGGUUUGUUUUAAAAACAGACGAGGAUGUGUUUGUCAAUAUACCAAAUAUUUUGAAAUUGAUUUACAAUGAAAGUGAAGAUUUGGACAAGACUUUGGUUGGACACUGUACCAGUGUACAGCCAGUGGAAAGAAGUGCGAGUUCAAAAUCUUACAUUCCGAAGAGUAUGUAUACUAAUGACACAUAUCUACCAUUUUGCUCUGGGACUGGUUAUAUUUCAAGCAUGGUUUUAAUAAAGGACAUAUACAACGUGUCCAUUAAUGUUACUUUCUUCCCCUUAGAAGAUGUUUAUAUUGGGAUAUGUGCGAAAGUAUUAAGAGCUAAACUAAAAGAUAUAAAGGGUUUUGCAAGUGAUACUCCUAAACGAAAUCACUGUAUUGUGAAAGAUAAAAACAUUUACACAAUUCAUAAAGUUAGCUCUAGUGAACUUAAAUACAUUUGGACGUCUUCCUGCCCAAGUUUGUGAAAAAAAUAAUUUACAAUCUUACAGUCGACAGUGCUUGAAAUCCACAUGCAGUUACGUUGGCAAUUUCAGCACCCUACUGUCAUGAAUUUGUGUAUGACGUUUUCAAAUGCGCAUCGACCACUUCGAGAACGGGAUGUCGUGGGUUCGAUCCCCGGCCACGUCAUUCCAAAGACGUGAAAAUGGUACCAGUAGUUCUCUUGC